CUCUGAUUGGACAAUUGUCGUGUGGGUGGAGACUACAGCGUUAUUUACUGUCUGUCUUUCAAAUGAAAUUCUACUUCUGUGGGGGCGGAGCCACCUGACAUCAUCCUGUGAAACAAACUGAUCAAUAACCAAUCAGGUUUAUUUCCUUCUUUAUACGCGCUUCCUUCUUCCUUUCCUUCUUUAUUCUUCCUUUCCUUCUUCCUCCUUUAUACUUCCUUCUUUAUACUUCUUCCUUUCCUUCUUUGUGCUUCCUUCUUCCUCCUUUAUACUUCCUUUUUUCUAUACUUCUUUAUUCAUGCUUCCUUCUUUCCUACUUUAUACUUACUUUUCUUCUUUAUACUUCUUCCUUUCCUUUGUGCUUCCUUCUUCCUUUCCUUCUUUAUACAUGCUUCCUUCUUUCUUUCCUUCUUUAUACAUGCUUCCUUCUUUUUUCCUUCUUCCAUCCUCCUUUGUCACCUUGUUUCAUUCCUUACCUUCUGUCUUCUUUAUCACCUACCUAUCUUUUCUUUCUUUGUGGUUCCUUGCCUCCUUCCUUCCUUGCUGUUGUCUGCUGACAUUGCACAGCUCUGCCAAUAACGUUUAAGAGGGUUGACUGUUAAUCUGUCAGAUUAGCGACGUUAGCAGUUUGCUGUUAAUCUGCUCAGUGGAGAAAAUGGACACGAGGAGGACGCUCAUAUUCUCAGCCGUGCUGUUAGCGACGCUGACGUCAGCGUUUGUUGAAGAACUCGAUGACUCCUUCUUGACGACGAGAACAGUCGACGACAUUUGGAUCAUUAAAUUCUACGCCCCCUGGUGUUCACUCUGUAAACAGCUGGAUCCUGUUUGGCAUCAGAUCGGCUCAGAACUCAAAAGUCUCGGUUCUCCGGUCAACAUCGGCAAAUGUGACGCCACUGCUAACAUCGGUUUGGCCAAAGAGUUCAGGGUCAAAGGUUAUCCAGCCAUCCUCAUGUGGAAGAAACAUUUGAAAUAUAAUUAUUCAGGACCAAGAACCAGAGACGCAAUUCUGGACUUUACACACCGAGUGGCUGGGCCAGUGGUUCGAUCCCUGAACAGUCUGCAGAUUUUCCAGCACGCCAUAAACCGCCAUGAUAUCAUGUUUGUAUAUGUUGGUGCAACAUCACCUCUGAAGGGAAACUUCACGUCUGUUGCAGAGGAGUUGAUCGUCCACACACACUUCUUCUCUGCUGCCAGAGAUGUCCUGCCCAAGGACGUGUCUCUGUCCUCUCUUCCAACUGUCCUGCUUUUCAAAGACACAACGUUUCACACCUACACAGAGGAGAAUGAUGGAGAUCUGAGGUCAUGGGUCAACAGAGAACGCUUCCCUUACUUCUCCAAAAUCGACAGCUUCACGCUGUAUGCCAUGGGAGAGUCAGGUAAACUGGUGGCGUUAGUACUGCUGGAGGAGAGUAGCCUGUGUGAGGAGAGUGAGAGGUUAAAAGAUCUGCUGAGAAAAGUGACGUCAGAACAGAGACACGUGUACAGCAGACAUUUCUACUUUGGCUUCAUGACAGGAAAUGACUACAUCAAAGGUCUAAUAAUGAGUGAUGUCAUCGAGCCGUCAUUUGUUGUGGUUAAUUUGUCCAAUGACGGCUACUUCCUGCCUCAUGUCCCUGUGAAGACAGAGCGUCAGCUGCUGGACUUCCUGGAUGGUGUGGUGGACGGUGGCUUGCAGUGUCAGGGAGGAAACAAUGUCGUCCAGCGAAUCAAACGCCUCAUUUAUGAAGCUAAAGCUAUGCUAACACUCCUCUUCACACAGGUGCCUCUGCUCAGCUUCUUCCUGCUCAGUUUCACGCUCGCCAUUGCUGCAGCCUUCUUUUACCUGUGCUGUAAGCCCCGCCCCCCCACAAGCGAUGACGACAGUGACGUGGCAGCGGUCAAAAACAUGGCCAAGAACAAGAAGACGGAGUGAAAUAUUUGUUACAGUGUCACGUGACCUGAGUCUGUGGAUGAAAUAAAAUAGUUUAACACUGUU